AUGGACGCUGGAACUCGGCCAUCAAAGCCUACGCCUGGAUUUUCUAAACCUUGCCGGUCGUCGUCCGACUGUCAAACCGACGGCGCCGAAUGCGUGAAAUCGCACUGCGCUUGCGGUUCUGCGUACUACCUUGUCACACUAUCAAACAACAAUAAAUUAUGCAUGAAAAGUGCAGAUAUGGACGCGUGCUUGGGGCGGAAGAAACCUGCAGCAGUUGCCGCUGCAAAACCCAUAACUGUUAGGUCUGGAACUUGCGGUACGUCGGCGGUGGUCCCAUCCGUCAGUCUGCGGACGAUUUCAAGUGGAGCGAAGUUUCGCAUCGUCGGCGGAAAAAAUGCUUUGAACUGCAGCUAUCCGUACGCAACGAUAGUUCAACGCAAACAAGGCAACACAGUCGGUCUAUGCGGCGGAUCGCUCAUCAGCAGUCGUCACGUCCUCACAGCUGCUCACUGCUGGCAACCAGGGGACUUGGCAUCGUACUUCCAGAUGACGUUUGGGACGAUUGACAAAUCAGAUCAAUCUGCACAAAAGAUUCUAGGAGGAAGCUUGGAAGUUCACGAGAACUAUGUAAAGGCCGGAAAGGGCUUCGACAUCAUGAUCAUCAAACUGGCAAAGGACGUCACGUUUAACGCAUGCACGAUGCCGAUCUGCCUCCCAACUACGGAUGUGCCCGCUGACACGAUGUGCGUCGCAGUCGGGUGGGGAAUCAUGGCCUACGGUAGCAAAAGUACCUCAACAAUGUUGCAGGAAGUUGGACUUCCUCUAAUGAACACCAGCACCUGCUUCGAUUCUAAUCAUUAUAACUCGCUGAGACCCCCAAAUGUUCACUGUGCUGGAUUUGAAACAGGAGGAAAAGACACUUGUCAGGGCGACAGCGGUGGACCAUUGGCAUGCCGUCAUGACGACGGUAAAUUCUACUUGCACGGCAUUACGAGCUUCGGUGGCGAGUGCGGCCAAGCCAAGUUUCCAGGCGUGUACACGAAAGUUACUGCCUAUAUAGAUUGGAUCGUUAAACACAUGAAAUGA